CAUAAUGCACUUGUUACAGAAAAUUAGCCGCGAUGGCUGAAAAUAGGCCUCUAGCUAUUGUGUAUUCUAUAAUGCUUCUUCUUGGAAGGACGGGUGCGUACAUACAAACGACAAUGAACAACGAAUUCAUGAUAUGCACUUCCGUAACCGGCGUAUUUGGCACAGUUGCCAGUGAAAACGGUGGAAAUGAUGAUAGGCCUGUUUUACAAGGACCGGGCGGUGCUCGUGGCCCAGCAGGAAAAUCUGGGCUUCCGGGUCCUAGAGGAGAGCCGAAUUAUGAUAAGGUUACAAGCAUGGUGGAAAAUAAAUUGCAAACAAUACAGGCACGUGUCUUCAGAUUAGAGUCAGAAAUACAGCAACUCAAAGCUAAUGGUUUUAGUGGAGGCUCAACAACAGGAAUUGUGGCACCGACUCUCUCUCCAGAAGAAGCGAAAAAUGCUAAAGAUUGCAUGGAUAAAUUCAAAAGUCCUUUAAACAUUGACACAAUGUGCUACAGCAUUAUCGGAGGAGACGGGCUUCAAUGGACAUUCAAAGAUGCAGAAUCGAACUGCACAAAACUUGGAGGAUAUCUAGCCGAUUUGAACGCUCGAUCACUAUAUGAUAAAGUAUAUGAUUACAUCGAUAGAACAUUCAGUACUGUAGUGCAGGCAUGGACUGGAAUGCGGUAUGAGAAGGAAAAUUUGAUACAAACAGACGGAAAACAAGCUGGGUUCGUCAAGUGGAUGGCCUAUAAUCCUCGAAAGUCUUCAACUUCGUACUCAACUUAUUACAGUAGUUAUACAUAUGUGUACGUCAACAUAGAUACAAGUUCACGAAUAAUGGGAUUACAAAACACACCUGCUAGUAAAAAGCUGGCAUACGCUAUCUGCCACUAUGACAUGUCAAAUGCCGCCACCACUCGAAGAAGUACGACCACGCAGAAGACAACUACCAGUAGUUACGACGACUAUGAUUCAGACUAUUAUUAUUACUCUAGCUAAAUAUACAUAUAUAUAUAAUCAAAGGUGAAUACUCGGAGAAAGCCGCUUGAAAUACCAUCAAAAUUUCGAAUGGCUCCACUCUAUCUUUAUUGUUGUUUUGAAAUAAACUCUAGGUUAGGCUGAAAAUACCAGAGGCUUGAAUACUGUUUGAAUACCAUUUUGUAAAAAGGGCAUUAAAGACACUAGAAGUCCAGAAUACCGUGUACAGACCAAGCAUAACUGGGCUCCUAGCGUACCGUUACCAGAGGAAGCAAUUGGGCCAUCUGGACUGGAAUCUGAUUCUAUGAUAUCCUGUUUUCUUGUACCAGCACAUGUUCUGAAAGCUUUGACCAUUUAAUGUAAUUACGAAUAUCUUUGUACAUUAGGAGUAUGAAAUAAAGUUCGACAAAGUAUUACGCCACAAA